AUGAAGUUACUCGUGCUGUUAGUCAGUGUGGUAGUUGUCGCCGCUAAGCCGACGACUGACGAAGAAGUCGUCGGCUCCGUCAUCGGAGUUGUCAAAGGAUGCGCUGAACAAGAUAUGGCCUUGUGCCUUAAGGAAAGGGCACUCAAAUAUGCCGAAAAUUUGGCAACAGCCCGUGAAAUUAGCAUCGUCGACGGCAUCACACUGAUCGGCACUGGUUCUUCUCGUGGUGCCAGGUCUUUCGAGCCUCUAUCUGAAGAACCCAAGGCUAGGGAAAACCAGGUGGAAUCCAGAUUAGUUGACGCUGCUGCAGAGUUCCUGGAGAAUCACGUCAUUCAGCUGCGUGUACCAAAGAGCACCGUCGAAGAUGUCAAGCGAUCGCUUGAGGAAGGCCGUGCCAAAAAGAAGAAGUUGAAGCAGCUCCUCCCCAUCUUCGCCCUCCUCCAACUGAAAAUUCAAUCCCUGAUCCCUCUCUUCCUCGGUAUCAUCGCCUUUGCCGCAAUCAAGGGUCUUCUCCUCGCGAAGGCAGCACUCCUCGCUUCUGCUCUUCUCCUCCUCAAGAAACUUCUGUCCAAGAGCGAUCACCAUGAAAGCUACGAAGUCGUAGCUCACCCACACCACGAUGAGCACUACAGCCACGGCGGCGGUCACGGCGGCUGGGGAAGAUCCCAGGAUGCCCAAAACUUAGCCUACAGCGCUUACUCCACCUAAACCUAAGUUAGUUAAAACUCAUCUCGUGUUAGUCUCACGCGGA